CAACGAAACCCCUGUCCCCAUCUCCUCCCACCCCAGCGGCCGCACCCCCGCCCGCCAUGGCCCCUUCGGCGUCACACCUCGUCGACGAGCUCCUGGAGGAGAUCUUCCUCCGACUGCCCACCCCGGCCGCGCUCGCACGCGCCUCAACCACCUCCCCCCGCUUCCGCCGCAUCAUCACCGACCGCUCCUUCCUCCGCCGCUUCCGCAAACUCCACCCGCCGCCGCUCCUCGGGUUCGCCGACGAACGUGCAGGCUUCCACCCCGCCGAGGCGCCCCAUUCCUCCGCGCCGCUCGCCCGUGCCCUCGCCGACACCGCUGAUUUCACCUACUCCUUCGUCCCCAAGCCCAGUAAUGACCACUCCUGGCGUCCCUGCAACGUCCGCGACGGCCGCGUCCUCCUCGAGAGCAGCCGAUACGGGACCUUCAGAGAGCUCGCGGUGUGCGAUCCGUUGUCACGGCGCUACGUGCUGCUUCCGCCCAUGCCCGAGCACAUGUCAGUCCAGGAACAGCGCCCUUGGGAAUUCAGGUCCAUCCUGGCUCCCAUUGCCGAGGAGGAUGAGGAUGAGACGUCGUUCAAGGUGAUAUGCUUUGCGGACUAUGAAACCAAGCUGGAUGUGUUUGUCUUCUCUUCAGUCACACGCCAGUGGUGCAUUGCUGCAUCUCCCAGCUGGAUUUCUUUGGGCGCGGACCGCCCAUGGGGGCUGCGCGUGGUGUUUGGGGAAUCCCGUGGCUUCUCCUGUUUUGACUAUGUACGUGGCUGCUUCUACUCGGCGUCGCCAUGGAAAGACAGGUUGCUCGUGCUGGACACGCGGACAAUGGAGAUUUCCACUGUCAAUGAUCGCACUGGCUACCAUAUGCAGCUCAGAUGGCUCCCUGGCCAGGCAGAAGGAGUUUCUGCCAGAGACAAUGGGCUGGGCAGACUCCGCCCUGCUCAAGUAAGAAGUCUGCCUGCCAUUGUAGUGGGUAGAGAAGGAGCACUUGAGAUGUUUUCUCUUGUCGGGGAUCACAGUCCAAAUGGAUCGUUUCAUCUCUAUCACACAGCUCAGGAUACUAACAGUGAAUCUCCCAAGGAAUGGCAGCUGGAGAACAUUAUACAGUUGCCUGGCCAGUAUGAUUAUUUCACCUUGGGCGCGACUGAGGGAUUCUUAUUCCUUGGAGCCACUUCAGAAGACCAGUUGGAUAUUGAUGAAGACUCACCAGUGUGGUUGUCGAAGACUGACUGGGAUGUAGAUUAUUUUUCGCUGGAUGUCAAGACUUCUGAACUUGCAAAGGUUUGUAGGAGGAGGAGGGAAUUCUUCCACUAUGAAGAUGUUUACUGGUACUUUGGCUUCCCUCCAUCUUUGUCAAAACCAAGUAUAUGAAGCGGGACAAACACAUUUGGAGUCUCUUGUUUGGGCUAUGCGAUGCUUUUGAGAAGAAAUGGAGGAUAUACAAGAUGGUGAUGCAAAUAUGCUGGCUAGAUAUAGUACUCGAGCCCUGGUAUUAUUUAUCAGGAACUAUCCAUUAUGUACUUCACUAUAUAUGUCCGUGUGCAGCAUAUUUCAGCGAGACAUGUUGUAGGAGGUGAAUUUGUAUAUGUACUUUGUUGUAGGCAAGCUUAAUUUUAUCGAACUCUAAUAUGUAAGAGUCAUGUGUUGGGAGAAUGACACACCCUAAACCUAUUUGUGGUGGUGUGUUCACAUGCCUGGACCUAGUUGUGGUUGCAGCCACAAACAAUAUGCUUCUGCUCGCUA